AUCGCGUGCUACCAACUACCCCGACUCGAUUAUCGCACCAUAGCUGUCAAUUUCACGAGAAUACCAUGGCCGACGCCGCACAGCAACGGACGCUCGCAACUGCCUUUGCCCCGCCGCCUCCGCUAUGGAAACACUUCACGCCCGAUAAUCUGAAGAGGCUCGAGGAGGUCAAGAAAGAGGCAUCCAAAGGCGAGGAUGGAAAACCGCAGAAAAAGAAGUGGUCACCUGCCGAAUUGCGCGCUCUCGAUCUGCCACCAGAGCUUCGGCUUCUCGUCCCACCAGCGAUCCCUGACUCCGGUCAUUACAGCGUGUUCGGAGAGCUUCAGAACCUUUCAACUGCUUUACCGUCCUUGAAAGAUCAAGGCAUCACCCAGCUGUACCCUUCCUCGUCUCCGGCAGAUACCGACCGUCAAUCGCCCUCGGAGCCAUCCCGGCCGCUCAACCACGCAUACUACCUCCUCAAAAUCAGCAAAUCUCUCCUCCUAAACUUUCUCGAAUUCGUCGGCGUUCUAUCCGUAUCCCCGGAGCAGUUCGAAUCCAAAGUCGAGGACUUGCGCAAUCUCUUCAUCAACGCACAUCAUCUCUUGAACUUGUACAGACCACACCAAGCUAGGGAAUCCCUGAUCAUGAUGAUGGAAGAGCAAUUGAGUCGAACCAAGGAAGAAAUUCAGCAGAUGGACAAAUUGAAAGCCGAGAUCACGGGUGUUUUAGAACGGUUGGAAGCAGAUGGCAACGCUGCGCAGUCACAUCCCCAGCAGACCGAUGAGGACGGUGAAAAGAAUUCGGAAACAAGUCAAAAGACCAUCGAAGAUGCACGGUUAAUAUGGGAUCUCCUGGACGGGAAGAUUGAGGGUUGAAGGUCGCGAAUGCCGAUAACUUCAUGCUCAUCCAGAAACCACCAACAAGAGACCUAUUAGCUUCUGCUACAUCACCUGCCAAUCUACAGCCAAGUUGCAGAUCAGGACCAUGUCAGUACUCGUGGAAAUAUGACCGAAUUGCGAAAUUUACGAGCUAUACGUCUAUACUAUCGCGAUCAAGUCUGGACUGAGUCCGCUCAACAAGGGCCGGCGAUCAAGCCAAAUACAGGCAAACACAGUCCACAGUGACCAAGGCCCAAGCAUCCAAACAUUACAUACGCGCUUCACGGGCACCACAGACCGGAAAGCAUCCACUUUUCGAUACCCAUAAAUUCCACAUUGCGGUCGGG